AUGGCAAAGCAACCAAACCUCCUCGCAUUCCCCAACACUGACGUCCUAGCGACAACCCUGCGCGCCUACAUUGUACAGUCCCAAAACCAAGGCAUCGCCCGCCACGACGCCUUCAAAGUCGCCGUAUCUGGCGGCUCCCUCCCCAAGACCCUCGCGCAAGCGCUCCUCACACCUCCCAGCUCGCCCGACGAUGCGAUCAAAUUCUCCAAAUGGGAGAUCUUCUUCGCCGACGAGCGCGCCGUGCCGCUCGACCACGCCGACUCCAACUACAGCCUGCUGAAGUCCGAGCUCCUGGACAAGAUCCCCGCCGACAUGGGCACACCCACCGUGCACACGAUCGACGUCGCGCACCUCGACGACGUGCAGGAGAUGGCAGACCAGUACGAGAAGCUGCUCGUGAGCAGCUUUGCGGCGCGCGAUAGCGUCAAGCUUCCGAUUUUCGACCUGCUGCUGCUAGGCUGUGGCCCGGACGGCCAUACGUGCAGCUUGUUCCCUGGACACGAGCUUCUGCGCGAGAGCGACGCGUGGGUCGCGCCAAUCGAGGAUUCGCCAAAGCCGCCGGCCAAGCGCAUCACGCUGACGCUGCCGGUGGUUACGCACGGUGUGCGCAUUGCGUUUGUGGCUACGGGGGCGGGCAAGAAGGGGGUUAUGAAGGAGAUUUUCGAGACGGGGAAUGGGCUGCCGUGUGCGUUGGUUAAUGAGGCGGCGGGGGAGAGGUGCACUUGGUUUACAGAUACUGCUGCGGUGGAGGGGGUUAGCUUUCCUAGAAGGGGAAGUCUUUGA